AUGUGGUUGAAAGAAAAUGAUGCAGCUGACAGUGCUCUUGAGGCCGGCUGGGAUAUCCCUGUUGUUUCAACUCUGCAGCAAGCUUUGGAGGCAACCGUUGAGCACUCCGGGAGCUCUGAGAGAACCUCCAUUGAUAACGAGACCUUGACCGCCACUGCCAAUGACACGUCGGUUAUCAUCGUCACAGCUGGCGGAGAUUUCAAUCUCACGGAUGAUAUCAUUGUGAAACACGGGUUUUCGACCAACCUCUGGGAGGCUAGCUUUUGGGGUAUGAACACCGCAGUGAACAUUCAGAACACAUCUGUCUCGUACAUCACCGAUAUCAAUGUCACAACCCACAACGGCGCCGGCAACAUCUACGCCUAUGGAUCUGAAACAGUCGUGCACGUCGAUGGAGCGUGGCUUCAUAGCUCUGGUGCAGCUGCGCAUGGACUCAUGCAUCUGGUAACGGAACGAUUAUUGCGACCGGUGUGCGUCAUUAUUCUGGGGGAAGCUGCUGCUCGUCCUUCGCUGGUGAUAUACACCGUCCGCAACCCCCUCAUGAUAUGA